AUGGAUUGCACCGGAACAACAACUACAUCCUCCCGAGCCAUGCGCCGCUGGAGACGCGGGUUCGGAGGCGCUUGCGCCGUGCUGGCCGCCAACCUGGCCUUUGCCGGCCCAGGCGCCCCGCACGCCCCAAGCCGCACAAGCGCGGCGGAGCUGGCGGAGCUAGGGUGGGAGUAUGACCCAGAAAGCAUCGAGGCCUACUUCCAGCAAAGGCCCUGGCAGCUUGCAGAGCACGCGGGCGCAGUGGUGCAGGCGAACGGGGGAGAUUGA